ACCUUGUAUUUGUUCUUUUUCAUUUGACAUUCGAAAUUCGAAUAUACGGAGAAAAACCUACGAGAGAGUGGACCGCCGGCCGUUGCACUCCAACCUCCAUUACCUUUUAAAGCGUUUCCGAGCAGUAACAGUGGAAUAUAAUUUCUGAAAAGGGAAAGCGAACUGAAUCGUAAUCUUCUUCUUCUCCUUUAUCCCUAUUCACUGAUCCAUAGACCAAUUCUAGGAACCCAAGUACUGUUGGGUUGUCGUAGAUCGACUGUUAGAAACCUCGGUAGGGUGUAGAAUAGCUUUUCGUCCACCGCGUAUUCUGGCCUCAUUGACUCUGCAGAGUUCUUGAUUCAUUUUCUGCUGUAAUAUGGUGUGGGCUGACUCUGUUUGACUUGGGGUUUUAUCGACAUGGCGCGCCGCCAUGGUUGGCAACUCCCGGCUCACUCCUUACAGGUUGUUGCUAUUACAGUUUACUUUCUACUAUCUGUUGCGUUUUAUGCAUUCUUUGCGGCAUUCAUUGGAAAGGACAUUUACGAGUACAUUGCAAUUGGUGUAUAUUCUUUCUUGGCACUUUGUGUACUAGUACUAUAUGUGCGAUGUACAGCCAUUGAUCCUGCUGAUCCUGGGAUUCUCAUUGAACAUGAUGAGAUAAUAGACUUGAAUGGUGUUUCAUCGGGUGUGGAUGAUGACCCAAGCAAGGAAGGAUUGAGGAAUGGAGGGAAGUAUACUAGAAAUGGUUCAGGCUAUUGUGCAAAGCUUGGUGGGCUACUAUGUGGUUGUAUUGUCAAGGAAGAUUGCCGCAAAGAUAAUGAUCAUUUGGAGCUGCAAAAUGGCGAAGACGAAGCUUUGUUUUGCACAUUGUGCAAUGCUGAGGUUCGCAAGUUCAGCAAGCACUGCAGAAGUUGUGACAAAUGUGUUGAUGGAUUUGAUCAUCACUGCCGUUGGUUGAAUAAUUGUGUGGGAAGGAAGAAUUAUGCUUCAUUUAUAAUUCUAAUGGGAACAAGCCUUAUCUGGCUUGUCUUUGAAUGUGGGGUGGGCAUUGCUGUUCUUGUUAGAUGCUUUACUCAUAAAAAGGCUACCGAGAAUCAUAUAAGGGACAGACUUGGCGAUGGAUUCUCCAUACCCCCCUUUGCUACAGUAGUGGCAUUCUGUACGGCAGUUUCAUUUCUUGCAAUCGUGCCGUUAGCUGAAUUGCUCUUUUUCCACAUCAUUCUAAUCCGUAAGGGCAUCACGACAUAUGAGUAUGUUGUUGCUAUGCGGGCCCAAAGCGAACCUCCCGGCCCAUCAGUGGAUGGAGGUGAUCAGCAAAGUAUGCCUUCAUCACCAACAAGUUCUGCAGUGACCGCAAUCAGCGGUAGAAGUUCUGUUGGGCGGGGCUUACCCCAUAAAGGGGCUUGGUGUACUCCUCCACGGAUAUUCAUGGAUCAUCAGGAUGAAAUCAUCCCUCACCUUGAGCCAGGACGAGUGCCAUCCACUGUCGAUCCCGACACCGUACAAUCCGAAAAGGGAAAAAAGGUUUCAAACCGUCAGGUGAAAAUUAGUGCGUGGAAACUAGCAAAGUUAGACACGAGUGAAGCCAUAAAAGCCGGUGCAAAGGCCAGAGCUUCGUCUUCUGUCCUACGUCCCAUCGGCUCGAGGCAUCACUAUCCUUACGAUGCUGACACAUUAUCUAGUGGGAUGAGCGGGAAGAGCAGUCCUGCAAGCAGUCGCGGUGGAUUUUAUGAAAGCAACCCUAGAGCCGUGACAUGUAAGAGCUCGUACCCACCUAGUCGUGCAAGCAGGGAAGAUAUUGAAUCAUAUGGUCACAGUAUAAGUAAUCUUAGCAGCCCCCUACCGCCCAAUCUCACCCCAUCUCCUCUCGAUCAAUAUGGUACCAACCGGGCCCACCCAGCGCAGCAGAAGAAGAACUCAGCAGCAAUUUCUGAGUCGUCAGGGUCGUCAAUCUUUUGGGAUCAAGAGGCGGGACGUUUUGUAGGUCCCGCCACUAGAGGUGGCAGUACUACUGCUCUACAUCCCGGGACAGAGCUAACAUACACGGGUCAAUCCAUAUUUUUUGGUGGGCCCUUGUUGGGCGAGCGGGUGGCCCAUGGGACAAAUCGACAUCAGAGGGGAGGAGGUCAGCUGCCGAUCUUUGUUCCUACUGAUUCCCAGCAGAACCAGUCCUCGUCUGGGUCCCCUUGAGACUAGAAAUUUUGGUGAUGUACUGAUUCUACAUUUUUAGUCUUCUCAAUCAGGAAGGGUUAAGUUUGCUGUGUUAGUUUUACCAGAAAAUUCGCUAGUCUCCUAUUAGCAUGUAACAAUAGAUAAAUCUUGUCGGUUAAUUGAAUUUCUUCUUUCAGUGCUAACUGCUAAACCUUUUGCCAUAUUUGUGUUAUUAC